UGUCACGACAGAAUUUCAAUUACAAUAAUCAAUCAAAUACAUCAUGAAGGUGUUGAUUGGGAAUUUAAUUACGAUAAAAUCAUGCAAAGCUUCCUGCGACCGACAUCGUUUAUUCAAUUGUGUCUGCAGUACAUAUUAAGACCUUUUCAGUAAAGAUUAACAAGUGAUAAUACACCUUGAAUUUCUUCUAUAAGAAAAUAUUUUCGAAAAUGAACGUUUUCUUUGCGCUAGUUCAUCUCGGUGUUUUACUAACAGUACAGUCAGUUCUUGGGGACGGGAGUAGUACUUCCUCCUACAAACUACUCACAUCUCUUCACGACAAGCUUCUAAAAGAUUAUCGGAAGGACAUCAGGCCUGUUUUGAAUCAGCAGAAACCUGUUAAAGUUUCUAUCCACGUAAUUCCUAAGUCUAUCAUCUCUUUUGAUGAAAUGAAUGGGAUUUUAGCCGCUUCCUUUGGACUUGAUAUUACGUGGACAGACGAAAUCAUAACCUGGGAUCUGGUAUCCUAUUCUAAUUUAACCUUUAUCCCCCUUCCCCUAUCGUCCAUAUGGCGACCCCGGUUAUUCAGCAGCAAUGCUUUCGAUACUUUUGCGUUGGACACUCUUGAGUCUAGCAAUAUUAUGUAUUUCUAUAAUGGAACUGCUCUUUAUAUUCUUGGUGUCAGAUCUUCGACUCUAUGUUCUCCAAAUUCUAGAUACUUCCCUUUUGAUAUUCACACUUGUUACAUCGAUAUCAUUCCCUUGUCGUCGAUAUACGAAGUGAAUUUCGUCGCAAAUGGUGUGUAUAAAGAUGUUUACGAAGAAAACCCACUGUGGAAACUUUUAAGUGUUGACACUUCUGUGGAAAUUGAUGAACAUCUCGAAACAUCUGUGUUCAGAAUAGCAGUUAGACUGCAAAGGCGACAUUCGUUUUUGCUGAUGAACAUCUUUGCGCCAAUUGUAUUUUUGGCGAUUGUAAACCUUGGCGUGUUUAGUUUACCGGUAGAAUCAGGAGAGCGAAUAUCUUUUGCUCUCACAGUUUUAUUGUCUUUUGCUGUUUUUCUGACCUUGGUGACUGGCAACACUCCUAAAUCCAGUAUAACCGUGUCACUAUUUUCUAUCUACAUGCUCAUUGUUUUGACCUACAGUGCUCUGAUAACCUUCAGUGUAAUCAUGGUCGUUGAUAUUCAUUUUACCGAAAAUAACGAAAAACCGAAAUCGCCUUUUUCAAGGAUAAUGGUAUGGUUUGUCCAUAAAACGUUAAUGUGUAAUUGUAGAUCAACUGAGAUAGAUAUCAUAAAAGAAGAAUUUGACAUGGAUGAAUUUCAAGAAAAGCGACAAGUUUCUUGCAUAAACUACAAAAGUAUUUCCCAUGCGUUGGACAAAGCUUUCGUUCUGAUUAAUGCUUUCUUUUUCGUGUCUGUUACCGUCAUUUUUCAGCUGUAUAUUUCCUUUAAUUCACAGAGUGAAACUGUUUGA